AUGGAUUCUUUUGGUGCUGAGGAUGAUGACCGGGAAAGUGGAGGCUCUCCGGACGGAAGUUCGGACAAUGAUCAGGAUGGGCCUAUGGAAGAUCGAGAUGACGAAGAUUUGGAUGGCAAUGGGGCGCCAGAGGCUGAUGCGGACGGGGAAGGCGAGAUUGAAGAGGAAAAUGAGGAUGAAGACGAUGAGCAAGACCAGGAUGAUUCGCAGUAUGCAUUCGGAGAUGGUCCUCAUCAAGGGCAUACGAAGCCUGUCGAGGCCUCCCAAGCCUCAUCCACAAGCAAUACAUCAGAGUCUCUGCAGGGUCAAACUGGCGUUGGCAUUCCCACGUCUUCUGCACCCACAUCCCACCCGAAGCCCUCCGUGCUACUUAGGUCUCCUUCGCCAACUCAGGAUUCAGCCACAUCCAAUGGUCUAAGCAUCGAGCUGCCCAAAGUUCGUCCAGAAGUAUUGACUGCUUCCGUGUACGAUAUAGUCCCCACUAUUGCAGCGCCACACAGCACAUCAAUCAACUCGAUUACUGCGACUCCGGACCUGCGUUGGGUCUUUACCGGGGGUGCUGAUGGGUAUAUAAGAAAGUUCAAUUGGUUGGAAACUGCCAACGGCAAGUCUAUGCUGACUGUAGCUCAGCGGCAUCCUUUUGUUGACAGUGUGACGAAGGCUGGAGUCCUUAUGAGUUAUUGGGACAAUACCGAAGAGCCUGCUGGAAAAUCAUCCGAGGAAAGCUCCUCCAUCUCAUCAGUAUACUCUCUUGCUGUACAGCGUGAAGGUUUAUGGCUCUUGUCUGGACUCGAAUCUGGCGGCAUUAAUCUACAAUCUGUCAGGCAUGAUGAAGGAAGGCAAAUAGCGUGCCUCCGAGGACACACUUCCGCUGUAUCUGUUCUGGACCUUGGUAAAGACGAAAAGUCUGUCCUCUCGGGAAGCUGGGAUAGGAGCGUCAUUGAUUGGGAUUUGAACACGGGCAAAAUCGUCCGCAAUUUUGAGGGCAGUGGCGGCCAGCUAUCAGCAUUAGAAACGAGGCCGUUGUCUAGCUUGCCUGUUCCAGAAGCUUCGGGAAACUUGGUGGAACUCAAUGGCACCUUUUCUACAGACAGCGCUGACAAGCCGCGAAUCAACGGCACUACUAUUAAUGGUACCGACCACGACACUCAGCACGGACUUACGGUCAAUGGAGAUGCAGGCUCACCUGCUGACUCACUCUUCGGUGGAAAUGACGGUGAUUCACUAUUUGGAGACAACGACAACGAAGCACCGGGGGCUCCAUCCGGGGGCAACUUUGUUGACGACGAUGACGACGAAUUCUCGCGUGCUAUUGCAAAUGGGAUUCGAGACCAGGAGCAUGACCAGGAGCAAGACAAAAUGACGAGAGACUUGGAAGGCGAUACCGAUAUGAAGGAUGCCAGCCAGUCUUCUACUACUGCGCCGGCCAAUGGGAACCCACAAAUGCUGACCUCGCCAGACACAGGGGUUGCAGCAGAUGACACUGCUGACCUCGGAGUUUCUGGUCUAUCUGAGACAGCAAGGAACGGAUUGCCCCACUCAGGUGAGCUUUUUUCAAACGGUGAAAGCUGCGGAAACGCAUCGGCGGAUCUCCCAGAAGCUUCAUCAUCAAGUGAUACGACUUUUCUUGCUGCUUCAUUUGACGGAAGCCUUCGCGUAUGGGAUAAGCGCCAAAACAGACCCAUAGCGAAGGUUACUCCUCAAAAUGUGCCUCCAUGGUGCAUGAAUGCUUGCUGGUCUCCGGACGGCAACUUCAUUUAUGCUGGAAGGCGAAAUGGCACGGUUGAUGAGUAUAGCUUACACAAGGGCCUGCAAAGUGCCGAGAGAAGCUUCAAGCUGCCCAACAACAGCGGUCCAGUCAGCGCUGUUCGAGCUAUGCCAAACGGACGCCAUCUAAUUUGCGCUUCCUAUGACAUUCUACGACUGUACGACCUGCAGCAACAACAGAUUUUCAAGCAUGCCACGGUGCCUUUCCUUAUCGUUCCCGGUCAUCGCACUGGCGUUGUAUCCCAUCUUUAUAUGGACCCGACGUGUAGGUAUUUAGUAUCAACAGCUGGGAAUCGGGGUUGGGAAGGUACUUCUACGGAGGUAUUGUUGGGUUAUGAGAUUGGUGUACCAAAGUAG